AUGUCAUCACCGCCACCGCCCAACAACAACGACAAUCACAAUGAUCAAUCCCCUCCUUCUGCAGAGGCAAAUCAAACUCAGAAUAAUGAUCGGACACAAUCACGUCAUUCGCCACUUCCCUCCAUCUCAUUCUCCAUAAGUAUACCACGCCCUGCACAUUCACCCGCUCCAAGACCUGGUGCUGCAGACGGUCCGGAUCAAAAUCUGAAUGAGAAUCAGAACCAACAGCCUUCAGCGGAAGGAAGUGGUGCUCAACCGAAUGGCGUUGCUCCUUUAGGAUCCUCGGCAGGCUCAUCGUUCUUUUGGACGUUCACCAUACGUCCUGACGAUGGACCUGCUCCUGGUCCCUCAACAAAUCCCAGUGAUGCACCGGGAGGAAACACUUCUACAAAUCCUCCCGAAGGCACCUCUAGUGAAGAGGGAUCCGGUGGUCAGGCCCAAUCACAGCAGCAGCAGCGGAUGACCCUUCCUCAAGCACCACCAUGGAUCUUUCCUCCAUUCCUCAACUUCUUCUUGCCCUUACGAACGGAACCCCAGCCCAACCCGGAGAAAGCAGCUGAGCUAUUAAGGUCUCUGCCAACCGUCGGAAGGAGAUUGUUGAUGAGGGUGGAUAGGAUUGUAGCAGCUCAGGAGACGGAUGUUCUGCCCGAAGAGAAAGGUUGGAAAUGUGGGGUAUGCUUAGAAGGACUGAACGCUGAAGAGGAAGAUGAACAGGACAAGGGAAAACAGAAGGAGGGUUCGAGUGACAUGAAAGUUGAUGGAAAUGCUAAAGAGCAAAAGGGAAACUUAAAAGAGCAGAAGAAUCGGACUGGUGUAAAAGCGUUACCGUGUAAUCAUCUGUUUCAUGAAAAGUGUUUACAACCUUGGUUUACGACUAAACACACUUGUCCGUCCUGCCGACUUGAUCUAGAUCCUCUCCAAACCCUCAACUCCCCAUCUACCCAUACGAAUACCACCAGACCGGGUCAAACAGGCUCAGGCCGACGAUCACCCCAUCCAUACUCUAGAGAUCGCCCAGCGAAUGCACCCACAGCCACAGAAAAUACAGCUACGACUGAAGGUAAUGCCGCGCAGGAUCGUACCGCUGGAGGAAAUACACAUCUAAAUCCGUUUAUCCCAUCUUCAGGGUUGUUCCCCUCGGUUGGAAUUUCUGGGAGUGGUUUACCAGAAGAGGAUGACAGACCAUCAAUCACAUUUAUCUUUUCUGGAUCGCCACCUCCCGGACUCAACCUACCUGGUAUGCCCCCUCGUCCUGAUAUCCAAUUUAACAACUCUACAACCCCACAAGCGCAAUCUACGAAUACAGCUACGUCUGAACAGCAACCUGCGGCUGAAAACCGUGGAAGCGGAACCAACAAUCCAGAUUCAGCUCAACCUGCUCCUUCUACACCUGGAUCUGGAUCUGUCUUUGAUGUUCCUACAUUCUUCUCGUCUCCACUUCCAAUGGGUAGUAGAGCCAGUCCCAGUCCUGCUCCCGACUUACCUCCUUUGGUCAAUCCAGUUCCACACAUCGCAUCGGCAUCUGUACCCCCUCCGUCCUCUUCUCAGUUGAACGCAUCCCCUUCCAUACCUUCACCUGCUGCUUCGACGAUCGCCAACACUACCGCGGAAGGGGAUAGACCCAGACCAGAGCGUCGGCCUCACAUUACUAUAAUCCGAAGGACCUCGCCUUCCCCUGCACCAGGUCCUGGUGGUCUACCACCUCCAGGAGGAUUGGGUCUAGGAAACCUACCUUUACCUCCCUUCCUCUUUCCCACCAUGCCACCAGGGUUUUUGGGUCCUCAUCCCAAUCUUCCAGGUCAGGGUCAAGGCGGUGCCCCUGCUACUCAAAAUGCAGCUGGGUCAUCCCCAGCAUCAGCACCAUUCGUUCCGCAAUCGCUCGAAUCAUGGACUGAAGAAAGAGAGAAAAGUCUCGGAUGGAGAUGUGAUGCAGUGGAAUGUAUCUAUGCUCCGCCCACGGCCGAGGAUGAUGAGGAUGUGGACAUGACACCUGAGGAGGAGCAUGAAGGUGAAGAAGGGGAUAAAGAGAUGCUGUCGAUUUAUUCAACCUUACAACCUCCUCUUACAGAUGAACAAAAACAAGAAGAGCAGAAAGAUGGGAGUGGGAAAUUUGUUUUGUUGGCGUGUCAACACAAAUGGCAUAGGAAAUGCAUAGAACUAUCUGAACGAUCUUGUGGGAGACUACAUGAUAGAGAGGGUGAGGAUGGUAGAGUUUGGGUUAGGUGUGAGAAAUGUAGGAAAGAUGGAUGGGUUAAAACCAGAACGAAAUCGACGGACAACAGUAUGACCGAAAUGAAAGAGAGUGAGGAAAGACAAAACAAAGAUGAUCAGGAUGAGGAUGAGGAUGAUGGGUAUGCUCCUAGUGAGAGGGAAGUGGAGAAUUUGGUCAAUUGUUGA